GUUCUCUUCUUUUUAAGACAGUUUGAGUCCUAUUUUGUAAAUAUGGCAGACAAAAUUACUAAAUACUAAAAUAGUCAGUUGGCAAUCUUAUAAUUUAAGAUUCCCAAUUUUUAAAAAAAAUAUUGCAAUGCCUUUCGGCAUGAAACCAUCGUGUAGUGCGUGUAAAACAUCCAGCUCAGCAAUCUGGAAAAAAAAUCCUCAGGGUGAAGUACUAUGUUUGUCCUGCAAUGGGAAACAGAAUGGCACAGGCGGGAAAGAUGGAAAUGGCAACGGAGCUAACCAAGGACCCAACGGUAACAAUGGUUCAUCAGGACGAAAUAAUGGUUCAGGUGGGACGGCUGUACGUAAAAGUUCAAGAAUCAAACCUGCAAAACAUAAAUUUGCUGGUUCAAAUAAGCCAUUGUCAACUAAAGGAAAGGGUAGAAGAAUCAUUUUCAAAAAAACUCAGCCAAUGAAGGCUCCAUCUGCUGUGGCUACUGUUGUUACUGGAGAAUCAAUAUUUCAUGAUGAAAUGUAUUAUCAAGUAGGAGAUAUUGUAUCACUAGUAGACCAUGGCAGUCAAGUUUAUUAUGCACAGCUGAGAGGUUUCUUAAAAGAUCAAUACAACGAAAAGAGUGCAGUCAUAACAUGGCUUCUACCAACCCUGUCUAGCCCUACAGAUAGAUUUGAUCCUUCCACGUAUAUUUUAGGACCCGAAGAAGAUUUGCCAAGAAAACUUGAGUUUAUGGAAUUUGUAUGUCAUGCGCCUUCAGAUUAUUAUAGAGCCAAGAGUGCUCCGUAUCCCACAAACAAUGAAAAACCUGAUCUAUGUUUUAUAUGGACGUCAAUAGAUAGUCAUGUUAUUAAACCUGCUCUAUCAAUCAGUGAAAUGUUUGGCAUGGAAGAAACUGUGAAAAAGAAAACCACUAAAGAAAAAAAAUCAGAUAAAAGUUUGUAGAAAAUAGUAAAUUAUACACUUGUAAAAAUAAAUUCUAGAAAUA